GAGUUUCAUACAGAAGUAGCGCUAACCCACCUCGAGUAUUCACGCAGUUUACAGUCACUGGUGGAAACAUUUAAAGAAAAAACACUUCUAGCCAAAGAGAGAUGGAAAGAAUGUAAAAACCUCUUUACGGUUUGGGAAAAUGUUCUACAGGCAUACGGCUCGGCUGCUCAAGACCAUAGUGACCUUGGUGAGGCUAUUGAGGCAUCAGUCACUGACCAGUUGGUGGAAUCAGCGAAAAACAAACAGCAACUUGUAAAGAUGUUGGACGUGUACCGGGAUGAUUACAUCAAACAGUCGCAAUCACUCGAUGCUGUCAUUGAAAAGAGUGAAAAGGAAUACUUUGAAAGCUGGUUGAAAAUGAACAAGGAUGGGAUGAACACUAUAAAGAAUCACAAUACGGCGUUCUGUUAUAAUAGAUUAAAUGAUUACAUCCUACAAAUACAGUCAGCAAAUCAGUUGAAUGAAUCUUUAUCUACUGCAGUGCUUCCAAAAGUUAAUUCCGACUCAGAUUUAGUCCGUCAUGAAAUAUCAGAAUCAGGAAUAUCUGGACUAGUAUGGCAUUCCAAGGUUCUUAUAGCAAAGUUAUCGGAUGAGAUGCGAAAGCUUGAGGUCAUCUCGAAAAGAUCAUCUUCAGAGAAACCAAAGGGGAAAGCAGAGUCCUUCGAAGCAAAGCAAUACACAUUCAAUAAACCACAGCCAGCAACAGGAGGGGAAUUUGCUCAAAAUAAACUGGUGCUCAACUCAGCUACUGAAGGUAUUCUCAGAGAAAAGUACGACUCACUCACCAAAGAGAUCCAGGCAUUAGAGACAGACAUAAAUGUUGUCAAAGACCAGACCAACCGGUUAAAGAGACAAUAUGAAAGCAUCAAGUCAAAUCAGUCCAGUAAAGCACAUGAAACGUUACUUGAGAUUCACAAGCUACGUAAUGACAACAGGCAAAACGAGACGAACCUCGCCUGCAAAAGAGCUCAGCUUUUAUUAUUUUCACCCGAAUGGUUUAAAACCCGUCUCAGCAAUGGCCACGCUAUCAUGGCAUCGCCCGAGAGAAGAGCUUCAGAAUCGGGCGAUUCCAUCCGAGAAAUGGGGGUGUCAAGUAAUGGAUCGAUCAACUCAAAGUCGCAUGUCUUCCAGGAAUAUAACUUUAUCAAACCAACGUUUUGUGAUGAUUGUAAGGGCCUGCUAAAAGGUAUAAUGAGGCAAGGUCUGAGAUGUAAAGUAUGUAAAGCCAAUGUUCACCAUCGCUGUAUGGAAUCUGUGUCAUCAUGCUCCGGUCCAGCAUCUCAAGAAGGGCGUAGCGGGAAGAAGCUGUUUGUUCGGCAAAUGAGCGUUCGAGAGAUACGGAAUCUGCCUGACAAGCGAAAGAUGCUCCGUAGACAGAAGAGCACGACUGAUCUUGAUACAAGAAGUUUGAGUGAUGUCAAAGGAACAAUAAGAGAGGAACCAGUUGAUCCCAUCUACCACACGAUCAAAUGUGCUGCUAGUUUAUCAGGAUCCACUUCCGACAUGGCCCGUCGAGGGUCAGUAUCAUCAACGAUGUCUUCAGGAAGUCCGAAAGGGACGCCCUCUAAGUCGAAGCCGCAACAGGCGUCACCUGCUAACGAGAGUAAUUUCCUGUUAGCACCCGAUUCGCCGACGCGGAGAUCGGGAACGCCAAAAUCAGCACCGCAUAGCCCAAACCAAGCAGGAGAGGAAUCAAGAAGGAAGAUUCUGCAAUCUUACGGGAAGAGCAUGUCCUUUGAUACCGAACCAUCACACAAAUCAAGCACAAAUGGUCGAAAGAGCGAACCGCCACCUCCUAUUGAGAAUAAUCCCCCACGUCACUCCUCUUCUGCCUCUGACGUCAUGAAUGUGCGGUUUACGUCCACCCUUCCAACCCGGCAAAAAUAUUCUGGUCGCGUUAUUUCAAGUUCAGUCAAGUGUUGUAAGGAUGCAUCGACCAGCCCUGCGCCGGGGAGGGAGUAUGUGUGUCUCUAUGACUUUGAAGGCAUGCUAAGAGACGACCUUUCACUAAAGGCUGGCCAAAAAGUUCGAGUAGCCGAGGAUGAGGGUUCUGAUUGGUGGAAGGGGGAUUGUGAUGGUCGGUUUGGAUAUUUUCCAGCAUUCUGCGUGACUUUCCUCCAACCCUGGGAGAGAGUAAUGAUAGUAGUACAUAGCUUCAAGGCAUCCAACGAGAAAGAGGAUGGUCUUACGCUGCGGAAGGGACAGGUUGUGAUUCAGAUGUCCCCUGAGGAUAAUGGUUGGAGUCAAGUGAGGACCGGGCGCAAAAGUGGUUAUUAUCCGUUCCAGUAUCUCGAAGUAUUUGGAAAACUGAAAUAAACUUUUUUUUGCGCUAUUCUGCCAAUGAGUACGAAACCAUCCGACUCUGAGGUCAGAGAUGGAAACUUCCUUCUUGCGAGCAACCAUUAAACAUACAUUUUAGUCACUGCAACGUGGUUACAUAUUUUUGACUCGUAUAGGUCUCGCAGCCUCGGAAUUAUGUACCUUUGUGAUUCGAUCCAGGUCUGACAUCCUGGUGGGUGUUUCAUGAAGCUGUCCGUAAGAUACGAUGAUUUUGCGCACGACUGGUGAUACUUUCUUGUGCUAUGUAAUAUCCCUAUGUUAUUGAGUUAUGACCUCAGAACAUGUUUCAGUCGUGCGCAAAGUUUUUCGUAACUUACGAACAGCUUUAUGAAACGCCCACCUGCUCUUGAACCACAGUGUUUUCUUGAAAAAAGUACCUAGGUUUUUGCCAAGAUACGUCAGGGAUCCAAGAAAGCUUUAUUUAACAUGCAUAGUGGGUCGUCAAAAAUAUCUAUCUUGCAAUGAUUCGCUGAUGAGUAGAAAAACUUGCGUGUUCAAUACAUUGUUCAAUGAGCUCGUUUUUUUUUUAUAGAUUCACAACUUUGUGUAUGGAUACAAACACCAAAACAAGGGUUGUUGAAAAUCAAUUCAUAGCAUGUGACAUUGUUAUCUUAUACAACAGUACAUUAGUAGCAUAUGUAACAUUUAUCCUGUCUGGUUUCAUCAUGGUUAAGAAACGUUUGAAAUUGGGGAAUUUGUCCCAAAAUCUUACGUGCGAUGUUUUAUUUCACAAAAAUCGCAUCACCAAAGAUAUGAUUGUGUUAUCAUUUUGGCAAGGUGUACAACGUGUAAGUCUUGUACCUAUUUUUAUCGCUAUUUUUAUUGGAAUCAAUUUCCAUGAUCAUGCAUAUUGUGACACCAAAUUGUACAGUUGUAAAUAUGUAUUUUAAGAUGAAAUCAGAUGUACAUAUAUAUUUUGGAAUUAUUUUAAGGAUAUACUCAUGUUUUCUAGAACAUUCUUUGAAUUGAAUUUAUUCCAUCCCUGCGAAAUGGAAUAGAAUAUUCCCCGGUUUAUAGAAACUAAUUACCUCACCCAAAAACGAGUUAGCGGAACGAUCGAAAAACAGGGAUGUUCCGAUCGAUGUGAUUACCACUUACAAAAUGUAAAUGGAAGACCUAACUAGCAAUAUAUAUUAUGAACAAAAUAUAUUUAUACCACAUGAAAAAUAUAUUUAUUUUGUAAAAGUGUGUUGCAAUAUAUGUUGGUGAGGGUGAAACAAUUCUGUGUGUCCAUGUUAUUUUGUUCUUUACUUUGUGCAUUCAGUGGCAGCACGAACUUACUCAUAUGAAUUAAUCUAUCUAUCACAAGAUCGUCCGGUUCAUUUAGAACAAUGAAUCUUGUUACAAUUUGCUAAAGAAGUUUAAAACCCAGAUGUAAAGUGGUUUAUUAAUCACUUUUAAUUCUUUUUACAGACAUCUGUUUCUGUACUAUAAUAAUGAAAUAGAUAUUCAGUACAAGCCUUAUCAUUAUCAGACAAGCGAUAAUAUUUGUAGCAAUUCAGUAGGUUUAGUAAUACCCAGUAAUAAUGAUAAUAAUAUGGUCAAUUUAUAUGGCGCAGCUACUAUAAUUGCAUUUACUCUACUGCGCUUGAUACUUAAUAUCAUACUAUUACCCCGCCUGUAGCUAGUCGCCAUAUGGCUGCUAAAGCAUUCAAGGAAUAAAUACUACUGGGUACCAAUUCACCUCACCUGGGUCGUUUGCAGCACAAUGUAGGUAAAUUUUUUGCUGAAGGAAAACACGCCAUGGCUGGAAUUCGCACCAACGUCCCUCUGAUCGAAAGACGAUAGUCGUAACCACUAGACCACGAUGUGCCCUCACCCCAUCAACACUAUUUAGGCACUGCUUGUGACUCUGAUAAUCCGAUACAGUGAUACUGAUACUCGCUAAUCGUGCGAUCGUAGAUCACAGAACUGUUCAUUCUUAAAGCGAGGUAGAGGUUGAAUGGACAACAACGAGAAAAUGAUCUUUUGUUGAUUGGUUUAGUGCGAUCAAAAUGAAAACUUGCGAAGCAUUGUCUUUUUAAAUGUACUGAGAGGGGUUUUAAUUAGAGCAUGUUUAGUAGGCUUACCACUGUUUGCACGCCACGAGUUUACUUCGCUUCCGCAUCGUGGUUAAUGCACAAGCCAUUGGUAUAGCCUUUGGCAAAGUUUGACCAUGAGCACUGUCUAGGUUCACUGGAAUAAACAAGUUUGAUUGCGCCAUAUACGGUAUUCCUUUCGAAGGGUGAACCAUUUUAAGUCUGCAUCUUGCCACGAGUUAAAUUGCGCCUUAUAUAUUUUAUUCAUUGCAUCGAAUAAUCUCCUUCGAUUGUUGUUGUUGUUUCAAAUGUAAUUGAUAGUCUUCCACUGUUAAUUAUUUUAGUCAACAUGUGGUGAUGUGCAAUUCUUGAAAGUGUGUGUCUGCGCAAAUCUAUAUUCAAUUGCAAUGCUGAGAGGAUUUAUCGUUUAUUGAUUGAUUGAUAACUAAUUAAUUAUGGUUAUUACGGAAAUGACGCAAUGCAAUCGGAAAGGGAUUAAAAGCAUAGCGUUAUUCCUUUUUAAUUUUGAACACCGCAAUGUUUUCUUGCUGACAGCGGGUGGAUAAUCACAAUUAUUUCGUAGCCUUCCUUUACGCAUACCCCUCGCGAAGGAACGGUGGAUAUUUCUGGACGUCGAACGUAAAAAAUUAGAUGUUCAGUUUUUAAGUGGAUAUAUAGGCCUGCUUAUAUCGGGAUUAUUACGUGUAAGUCAAGUCCACCCAAGAAAGGUGUUGAUUUGAAUAGAUAGAGAAAAACCAAACUAGCAUAAUGCUACAAU